AACUCAAAACACUUCUUUUUCCAAGAUGGCGUCGAUGAAGGACAGCGACACCGGCCUGUGGCUUCACAACAAAUUGGGAUCCACGGACGAGCUCUGGACGCCCCCGAGCAUCGCUUCUCUCCUCACCGUGUCAGUAAUUGACAACAUACGUCUGUGCUUUUCGAGUUUAUCGCCGCCGGUGAAGCUGAAACUGCUGCUCGGGAUGCUGCAUCUUCCCCGGCGGACCGUUGACGAGAUGAAGGACGCUCUGUCGGAGAUAAUCCAGCUGGCUACAGUGGAUUCGGAGCCCUGGGUGCUGAUGGUUGCAGACAUCCUCAAGUCCUUCCCAGAGACCGGCUCUCUCAAUCUGGACUUGGAGGAGCAGAAUCCAAAUGUGCAGGAUAUUCUUGGAGAGCUGAGGGAGAAAGUGAGCGAGUGCGAGGCGUCUACCAUGCUUCCCCUGGAGUGCCAGUACCUGAACAAAAGUGCGUUAACCACUCUGGUGGGACCCCUUACACCCCCCGUCAAACAUUUCCAGCUGAAGAGGAAACCCAAGACACUUUGCCACCGGCUGAAGUCCUCAAGUGGCUCUGUGGAGAAAGGAUUUAGUGCGGCAGCAGAGAUUGUCUCUCAUUGA